AUGGUCAACAACAAUCUUUUAGAACUAUCCAAUGAUGAAGGAUUCAAACAACUGGAUAAAAGCAUCCCAAUAUUUAUGGAUUUUUGGGCACCAUGGAGUGGGAAAAUUGUCGAUCGUCUUAAUGAAGCAAAUGCGCCAGAGCUAACCACUAUAAUUAACAUCAAAUCAAUACCAAAAUUAGAUUUGAAUACACAGGUUGUGGGAAAUUUGAAUGGUCAUCAAGUUAAAUAUGGUACAUUCAAUAUUAUUGAUGAUGAAGAAAUUAGACAAGGUGUAAAAGAAUAUUCUAAUUGGCUAACUUACCCCUCAGAUCUUGUUGGAGGAUUAGAUAUUUUAAAAGAAUUGUUAACAUCUGGUGAAUUUAAAACAAUGAUUCCAAAAAAAAAGAUGAAAAGGAUUGUAAAAUGGCAUAAAGGAAGUUUGAUCGGUGGGAUUAGAGAAUUGCAUAAAAAUGACGCAUGA